AUGGCGCUCAAUUGUUUCCUUGUGGUGGAGCUCCUGCUGUACGUGGUAUGUUUUUUCUGCGGAAUCGUUACUGCAGCAUCGGUAGCAAUAACUCAGGGGGAGUUUGCAGGGAAGUGCAUUCUGUACGGCACUGUCCAUUUGAACGGAACAAACCUUACUAUAGAAUAUCCCAGCUCCCAGUCCCUCUGCUACUUUGUGACGACCAUCUCCGUGUGCGUAGCUGUAUACUGCUUCUCCCUCGCUCUUUGCUGCUGCUACAUUGUUUGUGUCCCUGUUUCUCCCAGGGGACAAAUUUGGAUGUGCGUGACACUUCUGGUUUCUGGGGUCUUCUCAUUCUUCCUGUUGGUGACUGGGUGUGUCCUAAGGUUUGGUAGGAAUCGCCUCUGCGAGUCUAUAAUCAGCCUGCCAGGUAUAACCAGGUGUGAGGAGGCACAGGACAAGCCUUGGUCCGCCCCGUACGUAGGGACGCGAUUCUUCUCCAAUCUGCAUGGUGCAGAGACAUCAGUGUGGGUGAACUUCUUCUUCUGGCUCCUGAUCGUCACUACAGUGGUUAUCCAGAGGCGUCGGGGGUCAGAGUUCACGGCCAGGGGAGAGGACCCCAGCGCAAGCCCCUCUGAGACCGAACCCUUCUUCCCCGGCCGCACCAGGCCCCAAUGACCCGCCAUGGCCCCAUGUUCUCUGGCCUGACCCCACCUAUACACCCUGAA